UUAAAGAGCAGGAUGGAUCUUGAUGUGGUCAACAUGUUUGUGAUCGCAGGUGGGACGCUGGCCCUCCCCAUCCUGGCAUUUGUAGCCUCAUUUCUCCUUUGGCCGUCAGCGCUGAUAAAGAUCUAUUACUGAGACGGAGUCCACUGGACUCACCAACACUGGACAGCUGUCAAGAGUGUUUAGUCCUGAGAUCAUAAGGAAUCCAGGCAUCCUUGGACAAGUAUUCUGUUGCCUUUUCUUCCCAAUCAGAGAUUUGUGGAUGUGACCCCACCACCAGCAAUUGUAGCCUUAAGGAGCGAGUCUAAUUCUUCAUCUCCACAAAUAGCAAGUUGCAAGUGAUGAGUGGUAAUAUGCUUUACCUUCAAGUCUUUUGAUCAUUUCCUGCCAGUCAGAGCCCCUCUGCGGUGACGUACUUACUCCAGGAUGGCUGCAUUGUACAUGGUGCAGCUGUGCCCACACGUCCAUGGCUGUUCGUCCUAGAUUUCAGGUGUCCAUGAGUAUGACCCACCAGGAACUGCAAGCCAGCUCUCUACGAGAGGAACCUGCCUUUGUCUUGACCUUACUGGAGUUCUUCCCAACCUUGCCACCAGCUACUUCGAAUUCAGCUGUAGCUCAAGCAAGCAAGGCAAAGAAAGGCCAAUCAGACACCUAGAAAGAUCUCACCACCUACUCCUUCGUCAUACCGCCAUUUAAAGUGCCAAAAAGAUAUAUAUAUCAACAAGAGGUUAUUAUAUAUCAUGCCUCUUCAGAAAACACUCUUUUACUCUUUUUUCUCCUCCUAGUUAGAGGUUAUUAGAAAAUUACAUACAAGAAUAUUCAUUUAAGGUGCUUCCUGGAAUGGUUUCACUCAGUGUUCCCUGAGGGUGGGGGACCCCAGGGACAUAUGGGGAAGAGGGCAUGUGCCCCUUCCAAAACCACUUCUCUGGAGCUUGCUGGUUUUGUUUCACCUUUAUGUUUCCUCCCCAGGUACUGGCGGAGAACGUUGGGCAUGCAGGUCUGCUAUGUUUACCAUGAAGAUUAUCAGUUCUGUUAUUCUUUCCGGGGCAGGCCGGGGCACAAACCUUCCAUCCUCAUGCUCCAUGGAUUCUCUGCACAUAAGGAUAUGUGGCUCAGUGUGGUCAAGUUCCUUCCAAAGAACCUGCACUUGGUCUGCGUGGACAUGCCGGGACAUGAGGGCACCACCCGGUCCUCCCUGGAUGACCUGUCCAUAGAUGGUCAAGUAAAGAGGAUACACCAGUUUGUAGAAUGCCUCAAGCUGAACAAAAAACCCUUCCACCUGAUAGGUACCUCCAUGGGUGGCCACGUGGCUGGGGUAUAUGCUGCUUACUACCCUUCAGAUGUCUGCAGUCUAAGUCUUGUAUGCCCUGCUGGCCUGCAGUACUCAACUGAUAAUCAAUUUAUACAGCGGCUCAAAGAACUGCAGGACUCGGCCGCCAUGGAGAAGAUCCCCUUGAUCCCAUCCACUCCAGAAGAGAUGAGUGAAAUGCUCCAGCUCUGCUCCUACGUCCGCUUCAAGGUGCCCCAGCAGAUCCUGCAAGGCCUUGUUGACGUCCGAAUCCCUCAUAACAACUUCUACCGAAAGCUGUUUUUGGAAAUCGUCAGUGAGAAGUCAAGAUACUCCCUCCAUCAGAACAUGGACAAGAUCAAGGUCCCAACGCAGAUCAUUUGGGGAAAACAAGACCAGGUGCUCGACGUGUCUGGGGCAGACAUGCUGGCCAAGUCGAUUGCCAACUGCCAGGUGGAACUUCUGGAAAACUGUGGGCACUCAGUGGUGAUGGAGAGGCCCCGGAAGACAGCCAAGCUCAUUGUCGACUUCUUAGCUUCUGUGCACAACACAAGCAACAACAAGAAGCUGGACUGAGGCCCCACGACCGCAGCCUGCAUUUGGCACUGAGCAUCUGCCCCCAUCUCCAAAAUCUGACGCGGCCACCACUUCUCAGGGAUCCUGCCCCAAACGCGGUCAGAGAGCCAGCGUCCCUGAGGAAGCCAGUCCCCUAUCCCCAGUCUCGACAGAUCCACAGAGCUUCGGAAGCCACGAGCAGCUCUCCAAGAUAUUUUUCACAAUGUAGAAACUCACAUGGAACAAAAUUAAGAAAACCCAGCCAUGAAAUCUACCCAGAAGUCUUCAAGUUCAUGUUGCAAAGCGGCUGCCUUGGACCCUAAUCACCGAGACCGUUUUCUUUCAAAACAUCCCUCACAGACUGAGACUCGAGGUUUUUCUGUUGCUUCAACAUCCUCCCCUGCAUGGUCAGUGGCUGUUUUAGGAGCAUUAGUCUCCAUUUGCCGAGCCCCUCUUGUCUAUGUCUAGUUUAAGUUUUAUGUUAGAGACCCCUAUAUGAAUGCAGUUCGUCAGCUGCAAGAUCAGGGAGGGAAACAGCAAGCUAUGAAAAAUAUUAACAUGCGAGGAGGGGUGUGUUUCCACUGCUAGCCCUCCCACCUGCCAGAGCAGUGGGGACCACAGGUGGGUGGUUUGAUGGGCCCCCACAUAUCAGCUCCAUCACGAGGGAGCCUAGAACAGUCACAGUGCGAAGAGCACCCGGCAGGGUGGGUUUCCUGGGAAUAACUUAUUAUUUUUAAAAAUAGGACUAAUAAAGCAAUAAUGUUCUAGACAUCUGUAUCUAAAUAAUCAAACAAAAGCACCUCGUGGGCCUCGUGUCUAUCUUGCUGUGCUACUGAAGACCCUUGGGUGUAAAAUACUAGUUUGUUAAUGAAUUCUGUGAAUUCUGUGAACAGUAAUGUGAUUGAAAAUAAGUCUAAACAGCUGUAAAAGUGAUCACAAUGACAUGACAUAAAUUUAAUAAAUCUAGAUCAGCAACAUGCA